AUGGGUGUCGUUGAGAAGAUCAAGGAGAUAGAGGAUGAGAUGGCGCGAACGCAGAAGAACAAGGCUACCGAAUACCAUCUCGGACUGCUCAAGGCCAAACUUGCGCGCUACCGAGCGCAACUGCUCGAACCAGCGACGAAGUCCGGCGGGCCAGGCACUGGGUUCGAUGUCCAGAAAUCUGGAGAUGCGCGAGUAGCAUUGAUUGGGUUUCCUUCGGUCGGGAAGUCGACUCUCUUGAGCAAAUGUACCCAUACCGUCUCCGAGUCUGCAUCGUACGAGUUCACAACACUCACCGCUAUUCCCGGUGUCAUCGAGCAUCAGGGCGCGCGUAUACAGCUGCUCGAUUUGCCUGGUAUUGUCGAAGGUGCAAGUCAAGGUCGAGGCCGAGGCCGGCAGGUCGUCUCGACAGCAAAGACCGCUGAUUUGAUAGUCAUCAUGCUGGAUGCUACCAAAUCAGAGGAACAGCGUCGCCUGCUGGAGAUUGAAUUGGACGCCGUUGGCAUUCGGCUCAACAAGCGAAAACCUGACAUCGUGUUCAAGCGCAAAACGACCGGCGGAAUCACAAUCAACAAUACAGUGAAGCUCACCAAGACCGAUGAGAGGACAAUCCGUACUAUUCUUGCGGGCUAUAAGCUUCAUAACUGCGAUGUCAUGAUCCGGGAAGACAUCACCACUGACGAAUUCAUCGACGUCCUAAUUGGCAACCGCAAAUACAUACCCUGUCUCUACGUGUAUAACAAGAUUGACGCCAUUAGUCUCGAGCAGGUGGCCAAGCUUGCGCAUGAGGACCAUACAGUGGUCAUCAGCUGCGAAAUGAACUUGAACUUGGACUAUCUGAUUGAACGGAUGUGGGAUGACCUCGGUCUCGUGAAGGUAUACACGAAGAAACGCGGCGCACACCCCGAUCUAGCGGAUCCUGUAUGUCUGCGCAAGGGCGCCACAGUGGAGGGCAAGUCGUCGAAGUUCAACCCCCACGCACAGAAAGUCGGGCUCAAUCAUGUCAUGCAAGACGAAGACGUCGUGUCAAUCUUCACCAAAUAA